ACUUUAAACACAAAUUUUUGCGGCUGUUUGCAAGUAGCAGCAGCCAUGGCGGAGCAGCAACAAUGGCGGCUAAAAAGUGGACAGUAUCUCGGCGAAAUAUCGGCUCUGUGUUUUGUUCCCUUACCGGUUCACUUCUCUUCUCUUCCUUAUCUACUCGCCGGCACAGGGUCGCAGAUUUUGCUUUAUAAUUUGGAAGAGGUGAAGAUUAUAGAGUCGUUUCAAGUGUUUGAAGGCGUUCGUGUGCAUGGAAUUACUUGUCAAUCCGUUGAAAAACUAGAAGGAUCGAAUUUUUCAAGGAUUGAUUUUAAUGUAGUUGUGUUUGGUGAAAAAAGAGUGAAAUUGUUUAACUUAAUUAUUUCCCAAAAUAAUAAUAAAUGCGUGGAGUUAAGUUUAGUUCAUUCCUUGCCUAAGUUUAAUCAUUGGGUCUUGGAUGCUUCUUUCUUGAAGAGUGACAAGAAAGGCCAUUGCAUUGCCAUUGGAUGCAGUGAUAACUCAGUUUCUAUUUGGGAUAUUUCAUUGUCUAGUUUGAUUAUUCAAGUCGAGUCUCCAGAAAAGUGCCUUUUGUAUUCCAUGCGGCUGUGGGGCGAUAAUCUCGAAGCUCUGCGAAUUGCUUCUGGCACCAUUUUUAAUGAGAUCAGUAUUUGGAAAGUCCUUCCCCAUGACGGUGCUUUACCUUUGGCAAGUUCCUUGAAAGAUGAUAUGAAUUUAGACAAUCAAUGUUCCGACUCAGUCCAGCUCCAUUGUCAGCGGUAUAAAGCAGCCAAUAUAGGUAGACUCAUUGGACAUGAAGGUUCAAUAUUUCGCAUAGUAUGGUCUUCUGAUGGAUCAAAACUGGUUUCGGUCUCUGACGAUCGCAGUGCUCGUAUCUGGGCAGUUGAAGCUGAGAAAAAAGAAUCUGAUAGCCAAGUGAUGGAGACUGGUAGCACUAUUUUAUUUGGGCAUACUGCUAGGGUUUGGGACUGCUGUAUCUUUGAUUCUUUAAUUGUCACUGCUGGUGAAGAUUGUACAUGCCGUGUAUGGGGGUUGGAUGGUAAGCAGCUCAAGAUGAUUAAGGAGCAUAUAGGACGAGGUGUGUGGAGAUGUUUGUAUGACCCGAAUUCUUCACUUCUCAUUACUGCGGGAUUUGACUCUGCAAUUAAAGUGCAUCAACUGCCUGCUUCUUUGCCCCAAACCUUGGGAGAACAAAACGAAAGAGAACAGUUCAUUGACAGAAUAGAGAUAUUUACUAGUCAAAUUCCAAAGUCCUAUGAACAUACUGGACGCAUGGACAGUAAAAGUGAAUAUAUACGUUGCUUGCAUUUCACAUGUGAAGAUAGUCUUUAUGUUGCCACAAACCAUGGAUAUCUUUAUCAUGCCAAAUUGUUCCAGACACAGGAUGUGAAAUGGACUAAACUUGCCCAGGUUGAUGAAAAAGUACCAAUUGUUUGUAUGGAUUUGCUGUCCAAAACCUUGCCCAGUAAUUCGUGCAGUGUUGAUGACUGGGUUGCUUUAGCAGAUGGUAAAGGAAAUCUGACAAUUGUUAGAGUUACUGGCAAUGCUUGUACUCCUGAUGCGGACUUCACUUUUACCUGGUCAGCUGGAAAAGAGAGACAACUGUUGGGGACCUAUUGGUGCAAGGCGUUGGGAUAUAGGUUUAUUUUUACUGCUGAUCCUAAAGGAAUUUUAAAGAUGUGGAAGUUACACGAUGCUUCACUCUCUGUUUCUCACACAUCUGCCAGAACUUUUGAUGUGUCUCUUGUAGCAGAAUUCACAUCAUGUUUUGGAAAUCGCAUAAUGUGUAUAGAUGCAUCUUCUAGUAAGGAGGUUCUGGUUUGUGGGGAUCUACGUGGUAAUCUUGCUCUUUUUGCUCUAACAAAAAGCUUGUUGCUGGACUCACCCACUGAACCAAAAAUAAUACCUCCACUGAAUUACUUUAAAGGCGCCCACGGAAUAUCAAGUGUCUCCAGCAUCAUUAUAUCUAACUCAAGUUCUAAUGAGAUUGACAUGUGCUCGAUUGGAGGAGAUGGUUGCAUAUGCUUUUUUGAAUAUGACCAAGAUCAAAAAAGUUUCGAGUUUACAGGAAUGAAACAAGUGAAAGAAUUGAGUUUGAUAGAAUCAUUUUCUGGCAAUAAUACCUCCCCUUCCGAUUCAGUAAACUCUGGCUAUGCAAUUGGGUUUGCAUCAACAGAUUUCAUAAUCUUUAACUUAACAACUGAGGCCAAGGUUCUUCAAAUUCCAUGUGGUGGAUGGCGACGGCCUCAUUCUUAUUAUCUUGGUGAGGUGCCUGAGAUGGAUGCUUGUUUUGCAUAUGUUAAGGAUGAGAUAAUAUAUAUUCAUCGACAACGGAAACCGCAAAGUCAGAGGAAGAUAUUUCCCCAGCAUUUGCAUAUUCAGUUUCAUGGGAGAGAGCUCCAUUCCUUAUGCUUUAUAUCUGAUGAUGCCGCUGUUAAAGAAAAUGGGAAGGAUUGCCUUUCUGAUAAUUCUAGUUGGAUUGCUACUGGGUGUGAAGAUGGAACUGUCAGAUUGACUAGGUAUGAACCUGGAUCAGAGAGCUGGACAACAUCGAUAUUGCUUGGGGAGCAUGUGGGUGGAUCAGCAGUGAGAUCACUAUGCUUUGUGUCAAAGACGCACAUAAUUCCUUCUUUUACAACCAAUUUUUCUGAUGGGAGAAACAAACAACAUGCUUUUGAAGAAGAUAAUGAGAAUCUAUUGUUACUGAUCUCGGUUGGUGCAAAGCGGGUUCUAACAUCAUGGUUGCUGAGAGAUAGGAGGCUAAAUAAGAAAGGAAACCCAUCGGCUAAUCAAGAUGACAAUGAAAACGGAAACAUGCAUUCCAUGGGUUCUUCCCCAUCGGUGUCAUUUAAGUGGCUUACCACUGAUAUGCCCGCCAAAAGUUGUAGUAGUAGGAAAAUAAAAGAUACUGAUAAUACUGCUAGUUCGGAAAAUGAUGUAGAAUCUAGGUCUCUUUUGCAAGAAAAUAGAGACAGAGAGUCAAAAGGUCGCCUUGAUGAUAAAGAUGAAGAUGACUGGAGAUACCUGGCAGUCACUGUUUUUCUUGUGAGUGCUGGUUCCAGGUUGACAGUCUGUUUCAUUGUUGUUGCUUGUUCAGAUGCUACACUUGCAUUACGAGCUCUUAUUUUACCACAUCGGUUAUGGUUUGAUGUUGCUUUUUUGGUUCCUCUAUCCUCGCCAGUUUUGGCAUUGCAGCAUGUCGUUAUUCCUGCCCAUCUGCUUUCUGGAGAAAGCGCUUGGACCGGAAAUGCAUACAUUGUGAUAAGUGGUGCAACUGAUGGAAGCAUUGCAUUUUGGGAUCUGACAGAGAAUAUUGAGUCUUUUGUAAGACAGUUGUCAGUCAUCGACAUAGGCAAGCUCAUAAAUUGUCAGACAAGGCCACGCACUGGAAGAGGAAGUCAAGGUGGACGAUGGUGGAAAUCAUUAAAUCAUUGCCGGACUAGGAAAAAACCAGUUGGCGAUUUAGUUUCUCCUAAAUCUGAAAAGAUUAGUAGCGACAAUUCGGAAAACCAUAUUAGUGACACUGACAGCUGCAGAAACUUUUCUUCUCAAAGUUCGCAUAAUGUUUCCCCGGAGCAAGAAGUGAAUAAUGUUGAUCUCAUGCCCGAGAUAUUGGAAAUACAGCCUUUACAUGUUUUCAGUAAUGUCCACCAAUCCGGUGUGAAUUGUCUCCACGUUUCUGACUCGAGAAAUUCUGACUCUGGUUUUUUGUUUAAUGUUAUUAGUGGGGGUGAUGAUCAAGCCCUUCACUGUCUCAAAUUCGAAAAGUCAUUUUCAACCCAACAAGAAUCUGAGACUGCCAUUCCAAAAAACAUAAAUGUACUUACAAAUUCUGAAAGAAUGAAGAAUUCUAGUCCUUACCAUGAAUGCCAGAUCAAGAAGUAUGGAAUCAGAUUGUCAUAUCAUGACAGAAUACUGUCAGCUCAUAGCUCUGCCAUAAAAGGUGUUUGGACGGAUGGCACAUGGGUGUUCUCCACGGGGCUUGAUCAGCGUAUCCGAUGCUGGCUUCUCAAGGAACAAUGUAUAUUGACCAAGCAAACUCAUUUGAUCAUCAGUGUUCCAGAGCCAGAAUCAUUACAUGUCAGAGCCCGUGAAAGGAACCAAUAUGAAAUUGUGGUGGCUGGGAGAGGAAUGCAAAUGGUCGAAUUUUUUGUAUCUUAGUGCUGGAUGGUGGAGAUGCCAUCGGUACUGGAAAAUUUGUCAGUUCGUCCAAUUUUCUUUUAUUUUUUGUGUAACAGAGUAGUAAUUGUAGAAACUCCAAUUUUUUGGAAUGCAGUCACCAUUCAAUUUAA